UAAUUGCAAUUAGUUACAGCUACUAACUGUGUUAAGUUUACUGUUCUUCAGCUGUUACUUCUGCCUCUGUUGCUGUUUAAUUCCUUAUCUGGGAAAUUCUUAUCCUGUGUGUCCAGGACUAAGAUCCUGGUCAACUGUCUCUACAUCCACAAGUUGUAAGGUCUCAGUCUUACACCUAGAGUCCCUGUCCCUGUAUUCAGCCAUGGUACUCUUAAUGAUGCUUAACUUUAAUUUUAGUACACAAUAGCAUGAUUUGUAAAUAGAUGGUACGUUCUAGCUGAAGGCAGAAUAGCCUUUGUAGUACAGCUCGAGAUACUGUGAUGAAUGCAUCCUGGAUCUAGAGUGAAUAGCAUGGCUUUAUUUAAAAACAAACAGACAAACAAAAACCAACAGUAAACCACAACAUAUCUUUCUUAAAUAGCCAAUUAAUACGGCAUCCUCAGGAGCCAUAUCAAAGCUUGCAAGCUAUAAUGAAUAGAAUAUCAUACAGACUGUCUCUCAUUCUGUAAAAGUGCAUUUGAUUUUUGCUAGGGCUGUUUAGAAAACAGUUGCUCUAAACUGCAGGGAGAUCAGAAAACUUCAGACAGGAAGUGUCCCUGCAGCUGCUGCAGAUCUCUGAAUUCUACCCAGAGUGAAUGCAUGUGCUCUACAAACAGCGAGAACAAGGACUGACUGAUUAAUCCACUGGCGGGAGCCUGCUCUAGGAAGAUCAGGUUGCAAUCCUGCCUUUGUAGUUUUACACCACACCCCUUCAACGUGAAUUAGUAGGGGAGGAUCAUAUUCAGGAAUUCUUUCUUUCUUCAACAACUGUUGCUAGGAGUUGGGAAAGAUGAAAGGAAGAAAGAAGGGGUGUUCCUUACCUUUAACCUUUAUCUUGCUGUUCGUCUGUAUCACUGGACAUGCAACUACUGACUUACAUGACAGCGAUGAGGAGGAUAUUCUGGGUGCUGCUUCGCCACCACUGAAACUAGGGCAUUCAGUCUGUGCCAUGAAAGCAGAUGAAGGUCCAUGCAAAGCAAUCCACCUGCGCUAUUACUUCAAUAUUCAAAGCCGUGAGUGUGAAAUAUUUGAAUAUGGUGGAUGCCAUGGCAAUGAGAACAACUUUCUAACACUGGAAGAAUGUCAGAAGAAGUGUGUGGUAACAGAAUUGCCUCGGAAGAUGAUGUUAGCAAAAAUUAAGAAAGAAAAGCCCAAUUUCUGCUUUCAUGAGAAAGACCCUGGAAUCUGCCGAGGCUAUUUUUCCAGGUAUUUCUAUAACAAAGAGACAAAGUCAUGUGAAGUAUUCAAGUAUGGUGGGUGCCUAGGAAACCAGAACAACUUCAAGGAUUUGGAAGAAUGCCAGACUACCUGCCAAGGCAACUCAAAUUUAUUGCCAACUGUUCCAGCUGAAGAGCAUCCUAACACUGUGAACAGUAGUUCCCCAGCAGAAGAACCCAACCAGUUCCCUGGGAUUUUUGUCAAUUUGUUGCCAACUGCUCCAAAUGACGAGAAGUCCAAUACUCUGAACGGUAGCUCCCCAAAGGAGGAGCGCAACCAGUUUCCCAUUUUUUUUGUGCCCAGGUACUCCGGAUACCUCAGGUUCAUCUUCCGGUGUUUCAGUUCUCAUACUCUCACUUGCAGUGACACUGAAGAAACAAACCAUCAGCCUACUCCUUCGAAUGAACCACCUCCUAUCCCUUCUUUGUGCAUGACCCCUAUGGACAGAGGGCUUUGUAGAGCCAAAGAGUUAAGAUUUUUCUACAACUACUCAACUGGAAGAUGUCACCCAUUUAGCUACAGUGGUUGUGGUGGGAAUGAAAAUAAUUUCACCUCCAGAAAGUCAUGUUUGAGGAUCUGCAAGAAAGGAUUCAAUAAAAAAAAAGGCGAAAGAAGAUUAAUAAAAAUCAACAAGAAAAGAAAGAAACAGUCAGUAAAGGCUCUGGGCGAGGAAAUAAUCCCUGAAAGAAUACAACUUUGAUUUUUAUGGAAAUGUGUGGUAAACUACUAUCCACCUGUGAAUGCAAACCUUUAGUGUACAACAUUUAAAUGUAUUUACUGUACUGAUUAUUUUGAUUACAUAUUAUUAAGCCACUUAUAUUUUCAUUAUGUAUUCCUCAUUCAUGUUAAUAAACAUCACAUUUUACUUUGA